AUAAAGCAGAGGAAAUCGCGUCGGAUUCUGCAUUCAGAAAGAGAAAAUGGCAACGCUGGGAGGUAUCAAGGAGGUUGAAGGAAGUGCAAACAGUUUGGAGAUCGACAGCCUUGCUCGAUUUGCAGUUGAUGAACACAACAAGAAGGAGAAUUCUCUGCUGGAGUUCAAGAGGGUGGUGAAUACAAAGACGCAGGUGGUUUCUGGUACCAUGUAUUAUAUAACCUUGGAGGCAGCGGAUGGAAAUCAGAAGAAAGUCUAUGAAGCCAAGGUGUGGGAGAAGCCAUGGAUGAAUUUCAAGGAGGUGCAAGAGUUCAAGCUUGUUGGUGAUGCCCCUGCAGAUUCCAGCACUUAGAUAGGUGACCGGAGGAUCAUAUGUGGCUUAUUGCACCUCAAGUUUGAAGCUGGAGGUUAAAGAACUUAUCAGAUCACUAAUGUCUUGAGUUAUGCCUGAAAUAAAUUUAACUAUAUAUACUUGUAGUAGAUUUGAGUUUUUAAUCCAUGUGACAAUUGUGUUCUGCCCUCAUAAUUUCGUAUAGAUGAUGCAUACCAAUGAUAAAUAUGAACUAGUAUGAAAUAUGUUAUGAAAUAUGUUGCUUAUGUUCAGCCACUCUAAUGACGUUUGAGAUUAUCAACAAAACCUAAAAGAACACACAUAAAUUUUACUGAGUUUC